GGGAAACCUAGUAGGGAGGGUGUCAGUGGCUGGCUGAGGGGAAUCCUGUGCGGGCGAGUGGUCUCUGUGCAUAUUCAUUGUGAGUAACUCAACGGAGGAUGGGAGGAGCUAUGUUUCACCUCAGAUACUGCAGGACUGCUGUGCCCCAGGAUGCAUCUGCAGAAGAAGCCUGCACCAGGCUGUAAUGUCUAGUAAAGAGUAAAGGCAUGAGGGCAUGGAGUGUGCCAAAUUAUCUUGGCUGGUUCCAAUAUGGUUAGUUGACUGGAAGUGCCUACUUGCUAUGUUCUAGAGGAUGUCCAGAAGCUUGUAGGAAAUGCAUCAUUUUGAGGAGGAACUAACUUGUUCCAUUUGCUAUAGUAUAUUUGAAGACCCACGUGUACUACCAUGUUCUCACACAUUUUGUAGAAAUUGUCUGGAAAGCGUUCUUCAGCUAUCAAGCAACUUUUCCAUAUGGAGACCACUAAGACUUCCACUGAAGUGUCCCAAUUGUAGAAGCAUUGUUGAAAUUCCUCCAUCUGGUACUGAGUCAUUACCUAUCAAUUUUGCAUUAAAGGCUAUCAUUGAAAAAUAUCAGCAAGAAGACCACCCAGAUGUUGCAACAUGUAGUGAACAUUCUAGGCAGCCAUUAAAUGUCUAUUGUCUUUUGGAUAGAAAAUUAGUGUGUGGCCAUUGUCUUACAAUAGGUAAACAUCAUGGUCAUCCCAUAGAUGACCUUCAGAGUGCCUACAUGAAAGAAAAGGAGACUUCUAGGAAACUCCUUGAGCAAUUAACUGAUGAACAUUGGACUAAUGUAUGUUUGCUCAUUGAAAAGUUGGAAGAACAGAAAUCUCAUUAUGAAAACAUUGUUCAAGACGAUAAGAAAGCUGUAUUGCAAUAUUUUAAGAAACUUAAUGACACACUGGAGCAUAAAAAGCAAGCUUUGCUAGCUGCUUUGGAUGAAGUUAAUGCUCACAUUUCUGAAGAAUAUGCACCACUCGUUGAAAACAUGAAAAGAAUCAGAGAAGAACAGCUUGAUUUAAUGUCAUUGAACACAUCUGUUCAAGAAGAGGAGUCUCCACUUCUUUUCCUUGAGAAGGUUGAUGAUGUGCGCCAACGCAUAAAAGCUUUGAAACAAAAGCAACUACCAGAUAUCAAACCUGUAGAAGUUUAUCCACGAAUAGGACAGCUAUUGAAGGAUGUGUGGUCCAAAACUGAAAUUGGUCAGAUUAACAAGAUCCUCACUCCAAAAAUAAAGCUGAUUUCAAAAGGGAAUUUAUGCCCCAAAGGCAGUGAGAAGGAAAGAGGACAGUCUAAGGAAUUCCUCCAGUCUAUAAACCCUCUAACAGUGAUGCUAAUUUCUAUGAUGAUAGUGAUAAUUGUGAUUUCAUUUAGUAAACCUGUAUUGUCAGUUGUAAAUGAAGUAACAUUGAUCUAUAUUUCAGACAUCUUGCAGUUUGUUUAUCAAGAUAUAUGCAACAACUUGCAGGCAGUAAUGGAAAUGCUAUGCCAUACAUCUAAUUUCUUGAUGGAAUUCAUGGGGAGAAUUGUUACUUUUUCUUUCUGAGUAUCUGAAAUACUGAGAUUAGCAGGUAGGAUAAUUAUAGGAAUCCUCAUUAUGUUUGAACUAUUGUACAAGGCUCUUUUUUUUUUUUAACUUUCUAUGUAAAUGCUAUUGAAAUAAUAGAUCCUUUACAAAAAAUUUAAACUGGUUCUCUAGAUUAAUUAAUACCAGAAUCAUUACACCAGAUUCUCCCCAUCUGCAGAAAUAUGUGAAGGAUGAGACUGAAGAGUGUGUGGGGCAGGGUUCUCUCUUAAUACCCCUGUUUUUCCAUUAUCUUUUCCCAUCCUUUGCUCCCACUACCAUGCCCAUUUCUGAAUCUCUGCUUUUUACUGAUUAUCAUUCAACUCAAUGACAGGUGGAUGGUAAUUCCUCCUAAAGUAGUAUGUACCACUCUUCAGUUGCAUGUAAGAGGUCAUGGUCAAAUACAUUGCUCCUUCAUCAGUUGCCCAUAAUAAUUUGUAAUGUAGGAGAACCUAAAGAUAUGAAACAUAAAUCUCUGGAAAAAAAAUCAAGAACAAAUCAGAAUUGAUCCCUAUUAUCUCUAAGAAAGCCAUAAGUUCACAGAUUCCAACCUGGGAAAGGCAGUUUCCAACAGACUGUAACUACUUCUCAAGCAUCUACUACCCAGUCCCUUUAAACUAAUUUUUAGGUAGGGUUUUGCUAAAACUAACACAGAAUUGAUAAUAGGGAGAGGUGACAAAUCCUAGAGUUUCAGACAUUAAAACUGAGAUGAGUAAA